GCCUUUUCGGACACCAGCGUACCAGAGACUCGUUUCAUGGGAUGCGGGAUCCAAGCGUCCCAAACAUCGUCGCGUGCUUACGCCUGGAGAACGCCAGCUUCGAAGUUGACAGGACAGUGGGCUCGAUUUGACAGUAUAUAGUAGGUUCAUACGUUUUCUGCGGCAGCAUCGGCGGCAGGGCAAGGAGAUGGCAGCAGCGGCAGCGUCGGCGGCGAAAGCAGCGGAGGAGCAACAGCUUGCGCCUGAGUCAGUCUUCCAUCGGUACUACGUCUUGGGAGAGAACGGGCCGCAGACGAUAAAAGAUGUCUUUGAUGAGCAAGGUUGGCUUCCAUUUGUGGAAGGAGAAAGCCCAUACUGGAACUUGGAAUGGAGAGGUACUCGAUUCCGCCAGGGCGAAUACGAGUCAUGUCAACCAUGGCAGCGCUUGAAUCAUUUUCCCAAGACGCUCAACUUGACGAGAAAGGACACGCUCUAUCGCCUUCUUCGGACUAUGCGUGGAAUAUAUGGAUCGAUAUACGACUAUGUGCCUCUCACGUUCUCACUGCCAAACGACUAUACCAAAUUUGUAAAGGUCUACGCUCACGAGGAGGAAAGGAGAAACCAGGGCAUGUGGAUAUGCAAGCCAGCGGAUCAGAGCCGCGGGAGAGGCAUCUUUGUGUUCAAGCAUCUCACCGAGCUGGCGUAUGAUUGCAAUGCGGUAUUGCAGCGAUAUAUUCCCAAUCCGCUGCUGAUCUCCGGUUACAAGUUUGAUAUGCGAUGCUACGUUGUCGUGAAAUCCUAUAAUCCACUGGUCAUCUUCGUGAACGACGAGGGCUUAGCCAGAUUCGCCACACACUCGCCUUCGCUGGGACACGAGAAGGAGGACAUCGGCGCGGGAUGUCGGUGGACAUUCGCGAGAUUGCGAGAGUGGUUCAAGCUUACUAAUCGAAACUGGGAUGUGACUUGGAAGAGGAUCCUGGGCACCAUAAUAGUAACGUUGCUCCCCGUAGCUGCCGAUGUCCCUCCGGUACCGGCAGGUUGCUUCGAGCUGUACGGGUUUGAUGUCCUGGUCGACGAAACGUUGAAACCAUGGCUGCUCGAGGUUAACUUCGGUCCCGCACUAUCAUUGGACUCCGAGGUCGAUUACGAGGUCAAAAAGCCGCUCCUGGCAGAUAUAAUCGACAUUGUCGACGUAACAGAUGAGCAGCUCGCAUUGGCGUACGAGGCGUCAGUGCUGGCAAAACAAGCACGGCGUAAACCGCGGGUUUCCUCUGCAUGUCCAAGCAAAACACAGCGCACGACAACGCCAUCACUCCGACGGCACGUAAAACAGCUGCAUGAUGUAAAACACGAGAGCGUGGAGGGACUGACGCCUGGAAAGCCCGCUUUCAAGGGCGUUAUCCAGGAAACGAAGAAAGCCUUUCUUAUAUGAGAUACCUCUGCAUCCAGGGAGACGGUGAUGUACUCCUCUCAUCACCCUAUUCACAAGCUAUUGACGAUAGAUCCGCCUUUUGCCAACGUGAAACAAGUGCUGCUGCUGCUCUUCAGUGUAUUAUGUUUCGCAAUGCCUUACAAUGGCGUAUUAAAUCCAAAUGUCUCAAGAUAUGUACAUACGGUAGCAAAAUUGGAGAAACCAAGCGUAUCUCGUUCAUUCAAGGUCGCACGAGUCAAACACACUGCCACUGGAAAGAAC